UCUGUCCUUCCUUUACAUGACACUCUGCCCUUGUGUGCUCCACCUCAGGCGCAGGAGGAUGCGGAGAAGCUGCGCUCGGUGGUGAUGCCCAUGGAGCGUGAGAUUGCUGCCCUCAAGGCCAAACUGACGGAGGCAGAGGACCGCGUCAAGGAGCUUGAGGCCUCCAAGGUGAAAGAGCUGAACCAUGUCCUGGAGGCUGAGAAGUCGUGUCGCACUGACCUGGAGAUGUACGUGGCCGUCCUCAAUACCCAAAAGUCUGUGCUGCAAGAAGACUCGGAGAAACUGCGAAAAGAGCUACAUGAAGUGUGUCACCUGUUGGAGCUGGAGCGCCAGCAGCAUAACCAGCUGAAGCACACAUGGCAGCGUGCCAAUGACCAGUUCCUGGAGUCACAGAGGCUGCUGAUGAGGGAUAUGCAACGCAUUGAGAGUGUGCUGUCCUCCGAGCAACUGCGCCAGGUCGAGGAGAUCAAGAAGAGGGACCAGGAAGAGGACGAGCAGCAGAGGAUCAGAAAAGCCAAGGAACGUAAAGAGACGGGGCAAGAGCAGGCUUGGUCUAGAGAGGAGACUCUCAUUGUUCUGUCUAAUGAGGAGCAUGCUCACAGAAACCACAGCAUCCACAGCUCGGCUCACUCCCUAGACACUGAGAUCCUGGGCCCAGCAAGUGUGGACAGUGAAGGGAAGCAGGAUGGCGGUGCAGGAGAUCUCUUCAAAGACGGACUACGCAGAGCCCAGUCCACAGACAGCCUGGGAGCGCCCGGGGGAGCCCUGCUGACGAGAGGCCUGGAUCACAAUAACAAGGCCAAGUCAGCAGGGAACUUGGAUGAGUCUGACUUCGGGCCCCUGGUGGGGGCGGACUCUGUUGGAGCUGAGAACUUUGACACGGCUUCCCUUGGCUCUUUCCAGCUCUCCUCCGGUGCCUUCCUCCUCACCAAAGACCAGGAGAAGGCCAUCAAGGCCAUGACUCCAGAACAGGAGGAGACCGCCUCCCUGCUCUCCAGCAUCUCCCAGGCCCCCGAGAACGCCUACCUCCCCGCCUCAGGGUACCGGCUGGUCAGCGAGUCCGAGUGGAACCUGCUGCAGCAGGAGGUGAAGAACGCAGGCAGAAAGCUGGGCCGGCGGUGUGACAUGUGCUCCAACUACGAGAAACAGCUGCAAGUCAUCCAGGGUCAGGAGGCGGAGACCCGCGACCAGGUGAAGAAGCUACAGGUAAUGCUGCGACAGGCCAACGACCAACUGGAGCGCACACUGAAGGACAAGCAGGAGCUGGAGGAGUGUGUGAAGCAGGGCAACGAGGAAACCACCACCAAGGUCUCCACAUUGAUGCAGAAUGUCCAGGAGUCCGAGACUCUGCUCAGUACCUUACAGCAGGCUUUCUCUCAGGCUAAGAGGAGAGCACAGGAGCAGAUGGCGUUGCUGAUGCAGUCUCGGGAGCAGGUGGCGGAGGAGCUGACCAGGCUGCAGCGGGACAAUGAGAGUCUGCAGGGAAAGCACCGGCUUCACCUAACCAUGCAACAACAAGAGAACUUCACCGUGCCCACUGCAGCCGAGGAGCUGCAGGCCCUGGUUCUGCGGUACCGGGAGGACAUAGUGUGUGUGCGGACUGAAGCCGACCACCUGGAGGAGAAGCUGAAGGCAGAGAUUCUGUUUCUGAAGGAGCAGAUACAGGCGGAGCAGUGUCUCAAAGAGAACCUGGAGGAGACACUGCAGCUGGAGAUCGACAGUUGCAAAGAGGAAAUUGACAUUCUGGAAGCCUCCUUUUCUAGUUUGAAAACAGAACUGGAACGUGUCAAAUCUGAAAAGGAGCAGGUAUGUGUCCUUUGGGGUGAACUGUGAGGUCUGGAAGAAGCU